AUGACUACAUCAAGUUGCUGCCACCUGCCUGGCUCCCUGUGUGACUACUCAGGCAGCGCCGCCGACCUGCCCAAGGAGGUAGAGGAGCCAGAAUCCGGCCAGGCCCAGUACGUUGCCAAGGUUAUGGCCAAAGAUGGCCGCCCACUCUCCUCUGUUGUCAAAGCUAUGGGCUCACAGAGGUAAGGGGGGUCUUCGAGAGGGUUCUUAUCUUUCUUUGUAAAUAUGGAUGACAGGGAAUGUGGCCCUCUGCUUCUAUCUGACAUAUAAACAUUUUUCUUCCUUGAAUGGAGAUUAACAAUGGACAUAUAGUUCUCAAAGCUUAUAGGAGAGGGCAACAUACUGUAUCAAUCUCAGAUUCAGCAUAUCUGAUACAUUAUUUUCAUCAAUAUACUAAAUUAAUGUAUUUUGUUUAUAAUGUAUUUAAUGUGUAAUGUGUUUUGAAACGACUGGUCACCAGGCACAAUUUUCUUCCCUAUUUGUCUAGUAAUGAAGGCAUGUGUCGAAUCUGCCACGAGGGGGCCGGUGGUGAGACGCUGCUCUCCCCUUGCAGCUGCACAGGGACCCUGGGUAAGGUGCACAAGAGCUGCCUGGAGAAGUGGCUGUCCUCCUCCAACACCAGCUACUGUGAGCUCUGCCACACCGAGUUCACAGUCGAACGGUGGCCCCAGCCCCUCACAAAGGUAAAAUGGCACUGUGUGUGAGUGAGUGACAGGUUGAUGGGUAAUUCUGUUUAAGUCCUCAAUCACCAUAGUAAUGACAGAAUAAUUACCAUAUUAAUAAUGAUCCUUUCCUUGCAUCCUCCCAGUGGUUGCGGGACCCAGGCCCUCGCAGUGAGAAGCGCACGCUACUAUGCGACAUGGCCUGCUUCAUGCUCAUCACGCCCCUGGCGGCCAUCUCUGGCUGGCUGUGUCUGAGGGGAGCCCAGGACCACCUGACCCUCAACAGCCGGCUGGAGGCUGUGGGCCUCAUUGCCCUCACCAUUGCUCUCUUCACCAUCUACGUCCUCUGGACACUGGUAACUAGCACACACUCACACACAGCCCUUAUCACUAUUACCAUGGGUUACUUUAUUCCACCUUUGUUAAUUGACAGCAUAUUUUUGCAGUAGAAAUGUGUGCUUUACAAUCGCUAGUAGUACAUUUGUGAGACAAAUUAGACAUUUGUGGAGUAUUGUUUGUUUUGUUUUCUUGUAUGUGGUAUUCUGUGCCCUUCCCAUUUUAUAUUCAGGGGAGACAAGUAAUGUGCCAACAAUAUUUUGUGCCUGCAACAAGAAUCGUUUGUUUGUACUCUGAAAAAAAGGCUUACAAUAGUUACACAAUCAUCAAAUGAAGCGGAACCAUUUUGCAGACCAAAUACAAAUUUGUCAUGCAAUAUGUCUAACGUUGUAUCGUGCGAGCCUGCGAUAGCAACCAUAUAUUUAGCGAAUCUGCUCUGCAUUGCAUAUCAAACAUCUGAUGUACAGUUUCAUUGACGUCUGUCUCCAUGCCCCUCAGGUAUCGUUCCGCUAUCACUGUCAGUUAUACUCGGAGUGGAGGAGGACCAAUCAGAAAGUACGCCUGCUCAUGCCUGACAUGAAAGGAGCGCACUCUACACAACAUUCCAUCCCGACCAAGUCGACCAAGAAAAUGACUGACGAGACCAUCGUAUGA